CCUAGUAAAAGAAAAGAGGGGAAAUGUACUGGUGCAGUUGGGAAACUUUUAAAUAACUGACAGUGAGUGUAUCGUUACUGAUAAGAGCUGAGUUAUAAAGUGAUCUCGUCGGAAGAUUUUCCUUUCAGCCAAUACAGCCAUCCCACGGCAAACAACAGAGGAGAAAUCCAUAUUGAUUGGAGGAGACAGCUGACUCAAAGACAUGACCGAAGUUCACAUUAUUGACACAUUGUUAAACUGUUGUGGUGACCAAACAUUUCUUUUAAGACAGGCAUUCAAAAUGAGGGAUUAUGCUCGCUAAAUCUCCGCAGCAAACAGCUUUGUGUGAACUUUGUAGUGUGUGUGAGUAGUGAUUACCGGCGGAGAGUUUUCGGAUCCUGAACAGGAGGAACAACAGCAAGUAAAGACGCUGACUACCACCCCUGGAGUCAUGAGUUCGAAUCCAGGGCGUGCUGAGUGACUCCAGCCAGGUCUCCUAAGCAACCAAAUUGGCCCAGUUGCUAGGGAGGGUAGAGUUACAUGGGUAACCUUUUUGUGGUGGCUAUAAUGUGGUUCACUCUCAGUGGGGCGGUGGUGAGUUAGCCGUGGAGAAUAGUGUGAAGCCUCCAUACGUGCUAUGUCUCUGCAGUAACGCGCUCACAAGCCACGUGAUAAGAUGCGCGGAUUGACGGUCCCAGAAGCGGAGGCAGCUGAGAUUCGUCCUCCGCCACCCGAUUGAGGCGAGUCACUACGCCACCAUGAGGACUUAGAGCGCAUUGGGAAUUGGGCAUUCCAAAUUGGGGAGAAAAUAAAAAAAAUAGAAGAAAAGGAGGAACGAAUCGAAAUUCAUUUGCAUGGUAAUCAACAUUAUGCCACAAAUGCUGUCGAAUGAGCUCAACUUGUAUGGAACCCAGAAUAUUCCUUUAAGUUCCUUUAACUUGACACGGCGUCUAAAAAAACGCUACACGAGACAUUGGAAAAACAGUGAGACGCGGCGCAGCAGUCGAAGAUGUGCAUCUCUAGUGCAUGUUUAUGUAGAAAAACAAUUUAAAAACAGAGCAGACAGAUCCAAAAAAACAUGUUCUGAGUGAACCGCCCCUUAAGUUUUAUAUAGUCAUUUCUGUUUACGUAGCUGGUUCAUUUUCCAAAUAGAUCUGAAUGGAGCAGAGGGGAAGAGUUCGUGUAGCGGUGAUAGGGGCCGGGGCCGCGGGCCUCUGCACCGCUCGACACAUCUUGUCUCGCCCAGAGACUUUUGAUCCACCUGUUGUGUACGAAAUCACCGAGCAUGUGGGUGGCACCUGGUUCUAUGAGGAACGAGUGGGAACCUAUGACAGUGGAUGCCCCAUCCACAGUAGUAUGUAUAGGGACCUUAGGACCAAUUUGCCUAAGGAGGUUAUGAUGUUUCCUGAUUUCCCUUUUGAUGAGCACCUACCAUCUUUUUUGCACCACACAGCGGUUCAGGAGUAUUUGGAAAAAUAUUGUGAGAUUCAUGAUAUUGCUGCUUGUAUUAAGUUCAACACUGUGGUGGAAAAGGUGAAGCCUGUCUCCAUGGAGACAGAGAAGGGGGGAGCUGUGACGUGGGAGGUAAUUUCGUGCAACACAUGUGGAGACCGUAACGCACAGACGUUCGACUCUGUGUUUGUCUGCAAUGGGCAUUACUCCGACCCCCACCUGCCCCACAUUCCUGGAAUAGAGCAUUUUAAAGGGAAAGUGUUACACAGUCACUCAUACCGCUAUCCAGAGCCUUUCGCUAACAAGUCAGUGGUGGUUUUGGGGGCCGGAGCAUCUGGUGUGGACAUUUCCAUUGAGUUAGCCCAAGCCAGUGCUCAGGUGAUUCUAAGUCAUAACAAACCAUCUCUGCCCUUCUCUCUGCCUUUGGGUGUCAAGCAGGCUACCCCUGUUGGUGGGGUCUUGGAAGAUGGGUCUUUACAGUUCAAGGAUGGAUCAGUGACCCUGGCUGAUGUUCUUCUGCUCUGUACAGGAUACAAUUUUAACUUCCCCUUCCUCUGUCCAUCAGAGCUGGGCCUGGAAAUACAGGAUCAUAUUAUGUUUCCGCUCUACAAGUUUUUGCUGCCCCCUGCCUUCCCUUCCAUUUUUUUUGUUGGCAUUUGCAAAAUUAUUUGCCCUUUUAUACACUUCAACUACCAGGUUCAAUUCGCCCUGGCUGUCCUUGAAGGUUCAGUCAAGUUGCCUACCCUGGAGGAGAUGGAGAAGGAAAUACAGGGUGAUAUGCAAAGAAAACAGGAGUCAGGUGUGCAGGUGAAGCAUCUGCUCCAUUUGGACUCUGGUCAAUGGGGUUAUUACUCGGAUCUGGCCAGAGCGGGUCAAUUCACACCUCCACAGCCAGUCAUUCAGAGCCUUUAUGAGGAGGUGGGCAGACAGAGGCGGAAACACCCACAGAAAUACAGACAGAUGAACUACAGGCUCAUUGAUGCCACACAGUGGGAGCUUUUGGAAGGCCAACCUGAACAAACUGAAAAAGUUUAAAGUGUAAAGACAAAUGUAUGAGAUUUUCACUGUUUACCUAUUAUCAGGGUUCCCACAUCUUUUGACAAACAAAUCUGUAUUACUUUUCCAGUCAUUUGUGAGUACUAGACAAUAAUUUAAAAAAAUCAUUUAAUAGAUUUGCACUCACAAAGAACAAUAUCUAGCCAAGGAAAUGCUUUAGAGCUUAACUAGAAAAAUGUAUGUUCACUAAAGAAAUUCCCAUAACUUUUUAAGAUUUUUUUUUUUUUAUUAUUGGUUGUCUUACCAUAUAUGCUGAAACAAUUUAAUCACAAUACAUGUAAUUUUGCUGUAAAAUAUUGGAAUAAUGCCGUUUGUUUUAAGUAAAAAGUAUGAAAUAUCUUAACAAUUUACAAUAAGGUUCCAUUUGUUAAAAUUAGUAAACAAUAUUAGUUAACAUGAACUAAAAAUUAAAAAUAUUUUUACAGCAUUUAUUCAUAUUAGUUCAUGUUAAUUACAACAUAUACCAAUACAAUUUUUAAAUGAAAAUGUGUUUAACAUUAGUUAAUACACUAUGAACUAACAUGAACUAACAAUGAACAAUUGUAUUUUAUUUACUAACAUUAACAAAGAUUAAUAAAUGUUGUAAACAAUAUAUUGUUAAUUGUUUGUUCAUGAUACCUAAUGCAUUAACUAAUGUUAACGAAUGAAGCCUUAGUGUAAAGUGUUACCAAUAUCUACUAGUUUAUUGUGAAUAUGUGUUAUUUUUAAUGAGACAAUACAUGUACUUUUAUGGUGAACUAUUUUUUUAAAUUAAUUUCUUAGAAGUCUCUGUGUGACCCAUCACAUUUGAUUGUAUUUUAUUGAAAUAAUUAUGUUUCUUCCUAUUUUUCAUAUCAGUUAUGUACAUUGAGGUGUUUUAUGCUCCUCCACUCUUGAUAAACUUCAAUUCAUCAUGCAGCCUUCUAUUUUACAACCUGUGUUACUAUGGUGGUUAACAGUAGCCUACAUUUAAAAGUACAGAACGUGUAGUUCCACGAGGUUGGUAUAUUAAAGGGAUCGUUCGUCCAAAAAUUAAAAUUAAUUUACUCACUUUCCUGCCA